AUGGGGGAUGUCGCUCCCAGCAAGUGGUUUGGAAAAGAUGUGCGCGGCGUUGUUGGCGAUAGCCCGGGGGCGCCUCAGUUUGACGAGGAUCUCCGGCUGGUGAUGGAACCACACCUCGCCAAAGCUCGGGAGAGGAGAGAAGAGGCGAGUAAGGCAGGCAAGCUGGUCACCCCGGUGCCUGCGCCUUAUGUGGCCUUGCGCGAUGAGCGCCCAUUUACUUUCGAUCCGUGCACCUACCCUUUGCAUUCGGUGCUUGCUGAAGCUUUGGGAGUUGGAUCCCUUGCAGACGUGCACAAGUAUCAAUGCAGAAGCAAGCAGGAGCUUCUGAGCCCGCUGCUGGAUCGCAGCAAGCGACAGCGAUUCCACGAGUUGUACGACGUUUUUGUGACUUCUUUUUGCAUUCCGAUGCUCCAUUCUCUGGCAUUGAAGAUGAAGAUCUUCAACACAACCUCUGACGCAAUCUAUCGGUACCAAGCAUUUCCUUGCCUCCGUGUGGUUCGACCCGGCGAGUUCUCCAUCGGGCCUCACUGCGACACCGCCUACGGCCACAGCAUUGGCAAUCUGAACUUCCACGUUCCCCUCACACCGGUCCUAGGUGCCAAUGCUCUGUUUGUGGAGUCGCGCCCAGGGGCCGAAGAUUGGCAUCCUUUGACAGCGAAACAUCCGGGGCAUGGCUUCAUGUUCGAUGGCGCACGCUGUAUACACUUCACCCUGGAGAACACCACGGACGCCACACGCGUAUCCCUUGACUUCCGCAUCGCUCUCUUCCAGGAGGGUGCCGAGGCGCCAUGCACCAAGGAGCAGCUCGCCGAUAGCUUUUGCACCGACGGCUGCAGCUACUACGACGAGGCAGUCGUUUCCAUGGACGGGGGACCCGCCAACGUGGCGAAGAAAGCAAAGGAACACGCUGAGCCAGACUGGCGCGUUGGCCUUCCCUUCAGCAAGCGGCAGUAG